AUGCCCUCCUCUUCAGCCUCUCGAAGUGCUGCCACCCGGGAGUACAACCUCCAACAAAGCCACCCAUGGUAUCCAGUUCCUGUCUUGGCUCGCGUAAGCAGCUAUACAAGCAUGGGCAAUGCCCUUGUACCGCGACCAUACAAGUCUCAACGUGGACACUUCCGAGGGAACGAACCCAUUUCGUAUCGUCGCCCUGGAAUGCCACAAGGUGUUUUGCUGAGUGCAUGUCUCGCUCAAGAGUUCCGGAUGGAGGGCAUGAACGAGCCGGCAUUUCCAAGUCUGCCGGGUGUCAAAUCGCAGCUGCGCAUGAAUCUUUCUACGCGGCUUCACAUGCAAGCGUCUAACAACCCGUAUAAGGUCCAUGGUAACAGGGGCCCGGAGAAUAAUGAAUGGAAGAUAGGCCCAGAUCACAUACGAUUUGAAGAUAUCGUCCUAGUGGGCGUGGAUCACGUCUCGCAUUCCAGCCUUCAGGCGCAGUUCGAAAUCAUCCCGCGCCGAUAA